UUGAAAGACCACAAGUUGUACCACCAACAUUAAAUGAAUUUACUAAAUGGCGUUAUAUUGGUGUUCGUACAAAACAAGAAGCUGAAUCAUUUGUUUAUUAUCCAACAGAAUUUCGAUUGUAUCAUCAAUGGGAUAAUUCUAUUAAAUUGGAUGAUACUGAUCGUCUUCCACUUACAGUAGUAUAUCGUUCAUCGGCUGGUGAUCUUUUCCAUUGGCUUGUCCGAACAAUGGGUGAAAUAAUCGAAAACAAUAGCACAAAACAAAAAGAAUACAAAAUUCGAAGUUAUUACAUCGAACAUGGUGGACCAACUUUAUCCACUCUAAAUGAGCUUAUUAGAUGCUAUGAAAAUCGUACAUAUAAUAGACAUGGUCAUAUUGAUGUAUUCCGAUUGGCAUGA